GGAAAACUGUUUGGAAACUGCUCCGCUCCGCUCAGCUCAGCUCUCCAGUGUGUCCCGUUAUCGAAGUUGUGCCGCUGCCCGCAGUCCAGUUUUUCAUCUAUUUUCCAAGCUCUCUCGCCGCGCUGCUCUCGCCACGCACCCACACAGGCAAAGUGGCCACCGCACAGCUGAGCGAGCGUUGAGAAGGACAGAGAGGCAGAGAGCCAGAAAAGGCAGGAGAGAAAGAACAGAGAGCAGAGAACUUAAAGCUCCGUUUUUUCAAUGCGAAACCGCAGUCGAAAAAACUCGGCCGCCAAAAACACAUCGGACCAAAAGCGAGAGCAGAAGUAGAACCAGAAAAUCGGAAAACCAGAAAAACGGCCAGGCAAAAAGAACACUUCUACAACAGAAAAACAGAAAACGCAGCCAUCAGCACUUGAAACUCCGCCAUAUGUAGCCAAGCCAAGCAAAAGCAAGAUAAAAACGCCUAGGAAAUCGAAAUCGAAAUCUCUGUCCAACCAACAACAACAAGAACGUCUUGAAUUAAAUCAAAACCAUGUGCUGUGCUUAAAUUUAUUAAGAAACCCAGACAGAGCGAGAUAGAAAACAAAAGGAAGCUAAACCAGAAGAGAGCGAGCGAGAGAGAGAGCUGAACGGGGCGGCAAUUUGCGUUGAUUUUUUAGCAUGUAUUGAAUUGAAAUGUUUAACUAGAAUAACAAAUUUAGUUGUUGAUACUUUUCCAAUUGUUUGUUAAAACGCUGUCGCUGGAAAAUCGAACUCUCCACCCACACAAACCACAAAAACAAAAAACACCCAACACACGCGAAAUAAAAUCAAAUUCUUGUGAUUAAAGUGCAUUUCUACAAGUACGUUAAAUACAACUAUCCACACUCACGCAAUAUACCCACAUGCAUACAUAUAUAUAACGCAACGAAAGUCGGUCGAGAUCGAAAAUCUAUAUAAUAACGCAUUCGGUGGCAGCAGCAGGCGGCAGACUUUAAUUUGAAAAUCCAACACUCAACCGGCUGAAAACACACAAAAUAGCAGUUUCAACGGCGACUCUAUGAAGAUGGAAGUGCUCUCAGUACAAAAUCACAUUCAGGGAAAAUUCGGUGUUAAUAAAAUUAAAGACUGGCAAGCUGCGACGGAGGAGGAGGACGAGCUGACCGCGGGCGUGAACGGGAACUCAGCCGCCGGCGAGGGCGAUCUGGACGUCGACGUGGUCGAUGGCCAUCCGGCCUCCGUGCUGCACAUGCGACAGCACCAGGCGCUCAACACCCGGCCACCUGCCACGCCCCCAUCGGCAGGGGGCGGUGGUCCGUUGGCGGUCGUCGGAGGAUCUGGCGGAAUGACCACUCCCAAACAGGUCACAUCGCCGGUGGCAGCGGCCAGUUUCGAAGUGCCCGUUAGCGGAGGCAGUGCAGCCGCCUAUCACCACGCCUACAUGACCAACGUGCUGGCCAGUACCGCCCAGCAGCACCACCACCCACUGCCCGCCUCGCCGCUGCAGUCGACGGCCGGCGCUCGCUUUGGGGCCGCCGACAAUCUGGACGAUGUGAGCGCCAGCGCGGUACGGGAGCUGUCGCAGCAGCUGCAGGCCCAGCUGCGGGACGCCAAGCGACGCCACCUGGCCUGCACCGAGGUCACGCUGCCCAACGACCUCACGCAGCGGAUCGCCGCCGAGAUCAUCCGGAUGUCGGAGCGGGAACCGUGUGGCGAACGGGCCUGCACACUCUUCAUCGAGUUUGAGAGCGAGCCGAAUAACGUGAGACGCAUUGCAUCCUUCAAGGUGGACCCGGACACCGUGUCGAUAUUCGAGUUGUACUUGACAUUGAGGCAGGACAAGAGCGGCUGGACCUCCCUGCUGCCGCAGUUUAUAAAAAACCUCACCCGUAGCAAUACCAUCAACAUCAGUCCCGACUUCACGCUGACCAAGAACAAGCUCUACUCAUCCGAGUGAGUCGCUCGACGGAGGAAUCAGGAUCAGAGUCAGAAUCGCUGGGCUGCUCAAAACUCAAUCCCUCCGAACAACAACAGUAACAGCAGAAAGCAGC